AUGGACGAUAAAAACAUGGAGGACGUGGUCCAUGUCGAGGACAGCCAGUCUCACAGUCGGAUCCACUUGCACAACUUGGGCCACGUUCGUCUUCGCCAUGAGCACACCAACGAGAUCAUCCUGACCCCGACUCCAUCCCUGGACCCCAAUGAUCCCCUCCGCUGGUCUACCGGCUACAAGAUCUACAUCGCCAUCCUCGUCUCGUUUGCCAUGGUCAUGUGCAACUUCAUGGCCGCCGGCCCGACAGUCGCCAUGGUUGAGAUAGCGACUGAUUUCAAGCAGGGGGGUGACACCACGCUGACGGACUGGAUCAGUCGGGCUGCGUACUUCUUCAACAACAGUGCCUUGUUGCAGGGUGUUUCUUGCCUCUUCUGGGUCCCACUAUUGAAUAAAUACGGUCGGAGGCCAGUCUAUAUCUCUGCAUAUAUUCUCUAUUUCUUCAUGAUCGUGGGAGCUGGGUUGGCCAAGACAUACGCAGCAGAACUCACGACCCGCACUAUUCUCGGUGUUGGCGCUGGGGCUGGAGAGUGCCUGGCUCCAAUCACAAUUGCUGAUGUGUUCUACCUUCACCAAAGAGGAUAUGGCAUGGCUGUUUACAACGCUGCUCUAAGUGCAGGAGUCGCCUUUGGCAUCAUCAUCUCGGGGCUCAUCACCAUCAACUAUCACUGGCGCACCAUCUACUGGGUCGGGGCCGCCAUGGUCGGUGCCCUGAUUGUGGUCGUCAUCUUUUUCUUCCCUGAAACAGCCUACCGACGCGUUGGAAACCCCCUCGCCGAACGCUCCGCCGACAUCCAGAAGGAACUGCCCGCCAACCAUUUGGAAUCUGCCUCGAUCCCCCCAAUCCCCGAGAAAGAAAGCUACAUCCGCAGCCUACGCUUCUGGUCCGGUGAGACCUACACUGAUGAAUCCUUCUGGCGCAUGUUCGUCCGUCCGUUCGGGCUUAUCCUCAUACCACCCAUCUUCUGGGCGACGAUUGUCAUGUCCGUCACGAUUGGAUUUCUCGUCGCCGUCGUCUCCAACUUUGCCUCGGCGUUUAGCACAACGUACGGUUUUGAGGCAUGGCAAUCGGGCCUGUGCUUUAUAUCCGGCAUGGUGGGCUGUUUUCUGGGAACAUUUGCCGGAGGGCCAUUCUCCGAUUGGGUCGCUGACUACUUUACUAAACGCAACGGGGGUAUCCGCGAGCCUGAGAUGCGGCUUCCAGCGAUUGCGCUGAGUGUUGUCUGUGCCCCCUUGUCGCUCGUGCUAUACGGUUGUGGAAUUGCCCACGGGUGGCACUGGAUGGUGCCAACUCUUGGGCUAGGGCUUCUUUCAUUUUCCAUCACCCAAGGAACAAACGUCUCCUUCGUUUACUGCAUCGACUCUUUCCGCCCCGUCGCCGGCGAAGUAACCGUCACCCAGUUGGCCUUCAAAUCCUGCUUCGGCUUCCUCCUCUCGUUCUACACAAACCCCUGGAUUGAAAAGUCCGGAUACGCCGCUGCGUACGGGGCUAUGGCAGGCAUUUCUGGCGGCUGUCUGCUCUUCUUCAUCCCGCUUUUUUUCUGGGGCAAGUCGAUUCGACAAGCUGCUAUGAAGUGGCCUAUGGUUCAGUUUGUGUUUUGGAAGGAUGAUCGCGAGGUUGGAGAGUAG